AUGGCAGCCAAAGAAGGAGAAUCAGUCCCGUCGGAGGCCGCUCCAUCCCAAGUAUCCCUCAACGACACAAGACGACUCUUCCCAGACCAAGAUGCCCACCUAGUAACAUGGGCCAUGGACGACCGCGAAAACCCCAAGAACUGGAGCAUGAGCAAGAAAUGGGCCGUAACCAUCACCGUAUCGCUCUUCACCUUCAUCUCUCCCGUCUCCUCUUCCAUGAUCUCCCCGGCCUUGACCAAAAUCGCGAAAGAACUCAACAUCACCUCAGAGGUGGAAUCCGAAUUAAGUCUUUCCGUCUUUGUUCUCGCCUACGCUGUCGGCCCGCUAUGCUUCGGCCCGCUAUCCGAACUCUUCGGCCGCGCCUACGUCCUGCAAUGUAGUAACUUGUGCUAUGUGGCGUGGAACCUGGGAUGCGGGUUCGCGCAGACAUCGGGGCAGUUGAUCGCGUUUCGCUUCAUGAGUGGCAUUGCGGGAAGUGCGCCGUUGGCUAUCGGCGGUGGUGUUCUCAGCGACUGCUGGAAUGCCGACCAACGCGGCAAAGCCGUCGGUAUCUACAGCCUUGCCCCCCUCCUCGGCCCCGUCGUUGGCCCCAUCGCGGGCGGCUUCAUCGCUGAAACAACUACCUGGAGGUGGGUCUUCUGGGCCACGAGUAUCGCGGGCGCUGUGAUCCAACUCAUCGGGCUGGCCUUCCUGCCCGAGACAUACGCGCCGACGCUGCUAAAGCGACGCGCCCGAACCCUACGCCAGAAGACCGGUGACGAAGCAUACCACACUGAGGCAGACACCCAGAACACAAGUCUGAUGUCGACGUUGCAACGUGCCCUCGUUAGACCAUUCAUUCUCCUUACUACGCAGCCCAUCGUGCAGGUCAUCGCGCUGUACAUGGCGUACCUCUUCGGGCUAUUCUACCUACUCCUCUCAACCUUCCCCCAGGUCUGGGAAAACGUCUACGGCGAGAGCGUCGGCAUCGGCGGUCUGAACUACAUUUCCCUGGGCAUUGGGUUCGUGCUUGGUGCUCAGGUCAACGCGCGCGCUAGCGACCGCAUCUACAAACAGCUUAAGGCGAAGCGAAAUAACACCGGUCUUCCUGAGUUCCGGAUCCCUGCUAUGUUCGUGGGCUCGUUGUUCAUCCCCGUCGGGUUGUUCUGGUAUGGGUGGAGUGUGCAAGCACAUAUCCAUUGGAUUAUGCCUAACAUUGGCAUCGUGUUGUUCAGUAUUGGGAGCAUUGUGUGUCUGCAGUGUAUGCAGACGUAUGUGAUUGAUAGUUAUACGAGGUUUGCGGCGAGUGGGUUGGCCGCUGCGGUGGUGUUGAGGAGUCUGGCGGGGUUUAGUUUUCCGUUGUUUGCGCCAUAUAUGUAUAACAAGUUGCAGUAUGGGUGGGGCAAUAGCUUGCUUGGGUUUCUGAGUAUUGGGAUUGGGGUGCCGGCGCCUUGGGUGUUUUGGUUUUGGGGCGCGAAGUUGAGGGGGAUGUCGAGGUAUGCUUCUGGUUGA